AUGAGCGACCGCCGCCGCCGAUGGAGCCCAGAGAGCUCGCGGCGCAGGCGAAAAGCCAAGCGGGACUCAAGAGAGCAGCUCGUCCUAGAUGAAACUGCCAUGGCACAAGACUCCAGGUCCAUGGCUACCGCACCUGAGAGCACCUUCUCGAGCUCUUACUCCUACGUCUAUCCCGGGGCACCCCAGAGCCAAGUGCCCUCUUCCUCAUUCCAGUACCAAACGGCCCAGCCCCCGGAUCAGCAGCCCCUCCCUGGCGGCCCGGGAGGCCCAAUUACCAUGCACAGCACCGACGACAUGCGGUCCUCGGCACCAACGCCCAUGCCAGGACCAUCCCACGGCCACGAGCGCGAACGGGAUCGCCGACGAACACGACGAGGCCGCCAUGGCUCCCACUCGAGCUCCGAUGAUUUGUCGCUCUCGUCGUCCAGCUCCUCCUCCUAUCUGGACAUAUCGCGGUGGUAUCCCAGCUUCGGGCGGUCGGGCGGCGUUCUCAAAACAUUUUGGAUGACGCCCUCGGAGCGGAGACAGCGGGCGCGGCGUAGACGGAGCCUGAAGAAAAAGAACAGGGGCAUUUUCGGGUUCGGCAACAACUCGUCAUCUUCGAGCGUGAACUCGGACAUGGCGUAUGGUAUGGGCUUCGUCAAGAAGCCCAAGAGCCGGAACUUCAGCCCACGGGGCGAGCACGCGGCCGGUCUGGAGAGAUCAGACGGACGGCCGGCGCAGGUGCAGAGGCGGCAGACGGACGAGGAGAUACUCGAGAUCGGACGAAAGCUGGCCAAGGUCGCGAGAGACUCAAACAGGGAAGACAUGCGCACCAUGGGAAAGAGGCCGCCGAGCCAGUUCUCUACUGCGCAAGAGUCUUGGGAUAAAUACUCCCGCCAGACUGUUGGUGGGUUUGCCGCCUCGAGCCGUGGCAUUGCGCCCUCAAAGCAUGGGCGCCACUCAUCGUCCUCAUCCGAUGAUGAUGAGUGGGAGUCUGCGUCUGAAGGCGAGUACAGCAGCGACGAAAGCAACUCCGGGCUGGCGUACGGCGCCGCGGUCGAUCUCGGCAGAUCAUCGCCGCCCAAGUCUUCGGUGAGCAGGCAAUCCACGAUUCUAUCAGCCCGGCCGCCAGAGGACAUCAGGCCACCGGACAGGAAGUCAUCGGCCGUUGACCCGAGGCUGUUCGGCCCUGUGAACUCGCUUCGCGGACUCAUCAACACGCCAUGCGGCUUUGGUGACAGGAAUAGCGUCUACACCGUCCCUGGGCCCUCAGAACAGAGGUAUGCGGGCUCUGCAGGCACGGCGGAGAGCGCUUCGAUCGAGGCGAGGCCAAUGCAGACGGUCUAUCCCGUGCAGACGUCAGACCCUGCGAGGGUGGAGGCUGCAAGAGCCUCGGGCUCGCUCGUGUCCGAGCAGCAACGCUACUCAGCUGCGUCGCGAGAGCCGCCCCACUCGUCAAGGCGACCGGACCCGAUUCCCAUCCAGGCCCCUAAGCCUAUUGCUCCGGUUCCAACCAGCAUGUACGACGAGCAACGGAUCCGUGACUCAGAGGAGGCUAAGCCCCGAGACUCCCGGAUCAGGCCAAGCGAGAACAAGACGUUCGCCGAGACAGCCUUGGUAGGUGCAGGCGUUGCUGCCCUCAGCGCAGCAAUCAUGGCAGGUCGCAACAAGGGCAAGGGCAAGGAAAUCGAGAGAGACCCUGAGUCCAGGCACGGCCGCCAUGAGAGGUAUGGGCACGAUGACCAUCGUGAGGAGGAUACCGUAGUGCAGGAUUCGCGAAGGGCCAAAGAACUCGCUCUCGAGAAAGAAAUCGAGAGGCUCGAGAGGGCUCUUUCGGAUCGCAAUAAGGCUCGUGAACAGCGCAAGCGUGAUUCAAAGCGAGACAGCGCAUCGGAGCCGUCCGGAAGCCGGGCGGCUGAUGCGGAUCGUGACGACGAGAAGAGGCGCCGAGACCGUGACUCGAGAUCCAGCGAACCUUAUUACGACUACGAUCGACCAGAAACAAGCAGAAGAGUUAGUGAGCCCAGCGAGCAGCCAGCAGCUGCGAAUGGCAGCCAAACCCGCGGCGUUGAAAUCCCGGCCGUCCCCUCAUCGAGUGGUAUUGACGUUUUCCAGUUCCAGGUCCCCGAUGAUGCGUUCAGAACGAGGGAUAGCCCGCUUAGAGCGGCUUCUCCCGUGAUCAUUGACGUAACACCAGCGCCCUCGCCCCCUCCAGAUCAGAUGGACAGGAAGAGCCGUCGGGAAUCGUUUGAGGACGAGAUGCGUGACGCCAAGCAUAUCUACGAUGAGUCCAUGCACUCUACAGCUCCCAUCUCGGCGGUCGACAUGGCCGCUGCCAUCGCAGCUACGGACAAGGCCCGGCACCACGACGAGCCUGAACGCGGUCGCACGCUGGUCAAGACGCAGGACCUUGUUCAGGAGCAAGCGAACGCCUAUUACCACGCCCGCAGGAUGGCUGAGCGGGAAGUUAGCUCUCGCAGCCGCAGCAAGUCGGCCGAGCGCUCGAUUGUUGAGAAGUACGACAAGCACAGGGACAGCGAGUCUCAAGGCGCCGAAAUCGUUCGCAUUGUCACCCCGCCAGAAAUGAAGCAGAAGCCGCAGAAGCAUAAAUACAGCGAGCCAAAUGCGGAUUUCAGGUUCGACAAUCUGAUGAGCCCGAAGGACCUUGACCACUUCAGGCCACACGAGUAUCUGGUGCGUGAUCCAUCCGCGGAGCGUCCCAGACCUUACCUGAAUCUGGUCAUCCCAACGCCUGUGCCUACACCGUCACCCGAGAGUCAGAAGAAGAAGCCGGCUAAGUCGAAAACCCCUGAGCCUGUCGUGGAAGAACCCAAGGAGGUUGCCGAUGUUGUCAUUUCACCUAGGGGCGAGGUUGUCGAGGCUCCUCAGACGCCGACGUCCAAGCGGGUUUCCUGGGGGCCCAGCGAAACACAGCAAUACGAGGUUGAGAGCCCUGAUAGAUCGUCGGAACGCAACUCUAGGUCCUAUGAGGAGCCGAGGUCGCCAGGCAAGAGCAGUGGAUGGGGCUCGGCCGCUGCCGCCGCUGCAGGCAUCGCCGCGGCUGCGGCGCUGUCCAAAAAGGACGAUAAGUAUGAGCCAUCGAGGCGUGACGAUCGCGCCAGGGAGUCCACGGACGGAAAGUCAUCAGAACAUUCACGCUCUCCGCCUAGCCGCAAGGUACUGCCAAAAGGAACAGCACCCUCUCGUGUCCUCGACGAAGAACCCGAGGACGUUCCACCGGCCCCUGGGCCGAAGCCCGCCAGCCCACGUAGCUCACAGAUGCCGGGCGCGUUCGCGGAUGACCUUGACUUCGCGGCGACACUGGCUGCUGGGUUGCAGGACACAGGAUUCGACCCGAAUAUUGUCAUCGAGGACGCUGCUUACCGCAGACGUGACUCACCGCCCGGCUCGAAUGAGCCCACAGGAGUGUACAUGCAACCCUUUUCCGAGACUGUGACUGACCUCGGUACAUUUGACUUCAAAGAUGGGUCAAAGCCAACGCGGGAGUCUGGAUAUGUCAUUGGUGAAGUAGCAGAUACACCGGCCAGCGAGAAAGGGUCGAACUUCGAUUGGACCGAGGGUACGUCUCGAAGGCAGUCGAAGGCGGAAAAGAGACGAUCUGCAGGCAGUGACAACAUUGAAGUCAUCGAAGAGCCUGAAGAAGAGUCUCCCAGACUCAGCAAGAAGGAGCAGCGCAAGAUUGAAAAAGCUGCACGCGCUGCCAAGCUUGCCGAGGAGCAGGACCGGACUUCCCAGCCAGUUGAGGCCGGCGAGGAUGACUGGGAGGAGUCGACUACCUCGAAGAAGUCCAAGAGAAAUUCCAAAAAGUCAAAGCGGAUGAGCGCUGGCUGGGAUGAUGCGGAUACGCCCGUAAAUGACAGACGUGUGUCCGUCCCAGUCGACGCUUUCGAUGACCUCGAGGACACCAAAACUACAGAUGUGUCAUGGGAAGAGCCGCAGAGGACAACCAAGUCUAAGCGCGACUCUAAAGGCUAUGACAUGCCUGGAGAAGACCCUUCUGACCGGCGCGAAAGACGUCGGGAAGAAAGACGAAGGUCGGAUUACGAACCUAUCGAAAGGGACGUUGCUUCCGUGGUAUCUGACAGCAGGCAUGAUGACCGAUCAAACGGUCGUAGCCGUCACCAGUAUGAUGAUGAUAGGUCUGUAGUUUCAGCUCCCGACGGCAAGAGAGACAGCAAGGCCGACAAGAGGAGCAGCAAAGAGGAGAAGCGAAGCAGCGGCGGCUUCUGGGGCAUUCUGAAGGGCUCUAAUGGCGUUGACGGCGACAAGGAGUCAAAAAAAGAUAACGCCGGCACUCUUGGCGCGGGUGCCGGCCUAGCAGGAGCCGUAGCAGGUGCCGCUAUUGCAGCAGGCAGCCUUGCUUUGCGCUCUGAUGCCGCCGAAGCUCCCUCGGAACAAGAGGAGACACGGCACGUCAUUACGGAUGUGGACCAUCCUUCCGAGAGGCAUACGGACAGUCCCAGUCGAGGCUUCAAUGUCUUCGAUUUCCAGGACCCGGAGAUUACUCCUCGGGUCAUCAAGCCUGCGAUUGAUCCUCAGUAUGGCGAUCUGCUGCCCCUACCACCGAGUCCCAGCGACGACGUGGAGAUGGAUUUUAAUGUCGGCGAUGACUUGCCUUCCCUGCCAGAUAGUAGGCCUGCUACGCCGCCUGGUCAAGAAAAGCUGCUGCCACGGGACAGGAGCGAGAGCGGCCAGAAACGUCCCGGCUUCGCAAUGCACUCUCGACGUAGGAGCGCCCAUGAAACACCCCUCAAGUCUCCAAGCCACACCGCGAUCCCAAUCUCAUUCCGCAUGGGCCAGCGGUCAUCAAUCCCAGCUUCACCAAGGGUCGUCAGCAACCCUACGUCGGCGCACCAAUCGCCUGCGGUACAGACUCAGGAGACGUUCUCCAGUCCCUCCAACAAAAGGUCACCUCGGCCGCCGUCUUGGGACAGGCCGACAUCAUGGGAUAGCACUCGGGAGAUCAAGCCGCUCUACCUGAUCGAGCGCUCGGCCCACGCUGGUGGUGACGGCGGUGAGCUGCAGCAUGACGACGAGGCCGAGAACACGCCAUUGCCGCCAAGCAGAGAGUCGCCUGCGCCUGAAUCCGAAGCUGGCGGCGACGUUGAGGAGGCCGCGCGUAGCCUUGAAUCCUCACCCUUGUUCGUCGAUACUGCGGUGGCCAACAGGACUGCCCCCUUGGGAUCUCAAGAAUCUACGCCUAAAGGGCUCACGCAGACUGACUCUGGACUGCCAGACUCGGCUCGGGAAUUUGGUUCGACUUCCAAGGGUGCGACUGGACCAAGUCACCCUGAUUCCGGACUGCCUCGCUCAGCCAAGGAUGUCGACAUGCCAUUCAUCGAGGAGCCUAGCCAAAGCCCGUUGCCGGAAUCAAGCUACGCUACACCUACCGGGUCUCCGGUUCGUGAGUUUGCGGUCCGGCCUCAAGUCCAGCGCGAUGAAUCCACGGAGUCAGUAUCGGAUUUCCAGGACGCUCUAGACAGACCUGCUAUCGAUGAGGAUAUCGACAGAGGUUACUCGCAGGAUAUCAGCAGGGUCAUCGAAGAGGAACCUUCUCAGAAAACGGAGCCCAGCUCCGUGGACAAGCGAGACAAACAAGGCUAUUUCUCAUCCGCCUUCUCUAUGCUGCCGGCUGCAGGUUUGGUUGGUGUCGGAGCUUUGCUCGGACGAGGAAAGCGCGAUGACACAGAAGCAGAUGUGCACGAUCAUCCCAGUCAAGACGCUAAACAACCCGCUCCAAAAUCGCCAGAUCUGGCAGGCACAGCGAGUGUUGUUCCCGAAAUUGAGGCAAGUGAGGCCGUUGUGACAGCCUCCAGUGAUCUGGAUGACCGGGGCCAAGCUCCACUCACCGCAAGCGCUGGCAAAUCGGGUCCAGACACACCUUUGGACACCAUCGAAAGCGCUGACGCCUCGGUGCCCAACGACUCUCCUGCAGCGCAUAUGCGCCCUGAAGGGGUGCUGCCAAUCAGUGACUUGCAGCAGAGUGACGACGCUGCUCAUGACGUGAAGGGACUUGAACAAGAGCGAGAUACCACUGAUGACACAAACGUCGCCACCAUCUCGUCGUCAACCCAACCCGACGACAAUGGCUUGGGAAUAGGCCCAGCACAGAGUUCAGAAGACAUGGAGACCAUUCCAGAGACACCUGCCGACACGGUCGACUGGCCUGAGGAGAGCAGAUCCAAGAAGAAGAAAGGGAAGAAGGGCAAGAAGAAGCAGAGCAGCAUUGACGUCGCUCCCAUUCCAGUGGCAGCUGAACCAAGCGCCAUACCUUCUUCUGAUGUGCAGCAAGACAAAACCAUCGUGGAGGGGUCGCCUUCCAAUCCAUCAGAGCAGCCAUCCCAGGAGGGCGUUGGAGCCGGUCAUAAGGGCGAUGAAGCUGAGAGUCCAUCUGCGUCCUAUCACGUGCUCGAAGACAGUGGAAGCAAAGAUCUGACAGACGAUCCAAAAGACUUGCACGACACAGUCGAGGUUGCAGCCACUCCUGGCGCUCAUAGCCAUUCCCAGAGCCAGGAUGAAGAGGCCCAAAUCGGCGGCAGCAAGCGGAGAUCUUCUUCAUCCACGAGAAGGUUACGGUCGUCGCGCAGCAGCAUGUCACCGCACAGCAGCGCAGACCGGUACGUGUCACCGGAUGCCUUCCAGAGUGGUGAUGAUAUAGCCGCAUCGCCGCGUAGCGCUUCUGCCUCUGCUCGCAGCUCUACGGGACCGAAGUACAAGAAGACUAGGUCUCUGAGGUCAUCCCGGAGGUCAUCUUUGGCUUCGCAGGGCUCUGGCCACGGGCAUGAGGCUGGGCCGAGUGAACCUCUCGCCUUUGAGCAACCUGGCACUAGCUUCGGCGAACACUUUCAUGAGACGCCUGAAGUUCAACAAGACUUGACAAAACAGUAUCAGGCCGUCGAAGAAAAUGUCCCAAGUACCCUUGAGGUCGUGGAGCAGCAGGUUUCAAGCCCGUUGGACACGGCUCAGGAGCCCAUCUCUGCCCGGCUCGGAGUACAACAUGAUCCUGAGCAGAAGACAGAUGACGUCGUCAAAGAACCCGCUUCUCCACAGCCUGAGCUCUUCAAGGAUAGCAUCGAGCGACUCGGAAGUCCGAUUGCAGAAGACUCACAAAGAGGCAUCAAUGUCGCUGAAGACAGAACCUUGCAAGAAUCCAAUCCAACAGCUGUUGAGCACACUUUGACUGCCUCGCCUCCAAAAGCCGAAGAUGAGAGUCCAGAUGUACUAGGACCAAGCUCGUCUCAAGGCCCGCUAUUUGUGAGCGAUGAAGCUGUUCAACCCCCAAGUGAGCCCGUCACGGAAGGCAACUUGCCAGAGGUGCAACCGAGAGAGCUAUCAGAGGCCAUCUCGCAGCCCUCGGAGUCUGAACACGCUAUUGGAGAUGACUUAUCACGACAGGUCGAGAUCGUACCUUCUAUGCAGCCGGUGGAGCAGAUCGAAGAACAACAGCCCAGCGGCGUGGUCGUGGAAUCACCCGUCGGAGGCUUGUCUAGUCCCAGCUCACCACCGCAUGCGGCCCAGGAAGCCAGCGAGCUGGAUCAAUCUGCCAACCAAGACCUUCCUGAAUCGGAGCUGCAGGAGCCAAGCCCAAUUCCUGCUUCCACGGCAGAUGACAGCCCUUUCACCUCCAAGAAGUCCAAGAAGAACAAAAAGAAGCGGAAGAGCAGCACAGUCAUCGGUGGAGCUGUCCAGUCCUCGGGUACAACGACACCAGGUGAGCUCGAGUUGAAUCCAGAGCCAAUCGAGUCACCCGUGGAGCCAUCAACAAGCAAUCAAGAUGAUGUCCAGUUGGAGUCGUCUUCCACAGCCAAAGAAAACCCCCCGGAGCUCGAACAGCAGCCUGUUAGCAUGGAGUCUAGUGACCUACAGCAAUCAAGCAAGUCAGUAGAGCCAGAAAUCGUGCAAGCCGAAAACCAGGAUAUCAGCCGAUUUGAGCCAGAAUUUUCUGCUGUAGGCAAGGAUAAGAGCCCGAUCGAACCCCUGCAAACGACGGACCCUACUGUCCUUCCAGUCUUGGAUGAUGUCCCUGCCGGCAUUCCAAUCUCGGAGCUUGAGAAGCCCGGCCUCAAAGCGCAACAAAAGUCAGGAGACAUUCUCGAUGAAGACGAGAUAGCCCGACGCGAGGCCGAGGCCGAUCAAAUCCGGGACGAGGAGGCUGAGAUCUCUAGAUUGCAGUCAAAAAAGAAGCUGAAGCCAAAGGAGAAGACCCGCCUCAGGGAAUUGAGAGCGAAUGCCGACAGGCGCGCAGAAGAGGCCGCAGCAACAACGCCUAUCCAAGAAGACGUUCCCGAGGCACAAGACCUCGAAAAAUCGAUCCAAGAGCCUGUCACUGAAAGCCAAAUCGAGGAGACUAGUUUGCCGGUUACUGAGGAUCCGAUUCUCGCUGAGGAAAAGGCUAGUGCUGGCCCAAGCACUGUCGUCGCCGAAACCGUGCUGCCACAAUCGAGCUCGGAGCCUGAAGAUGCCGUCUCAAAGAGCAUGGAAAUCGCCGGCCCGACUGACGAGGCCGCUUCACAACCACAAGAAGUUGCCGGAACUCGCACUACGUCUGACGAGAUUCUCCCUGAGCUCGACGAGUCCGUCGCACGGACGGAGGCACAAUCAGAAGAGAAAGGCAGCGAGGACCCUGAGGAAAUCGCCCGCCGUGAGACUGAAGCUGCUUUGAUCCGAGACGAAGAGACUGAACUCGCAAGGCUUGAAAGCAAGAAAAAGCCCAACAAGAAGGACAAAGUGCGCAUGAAGGUCCUGAGAUCCAAUUCUGAGCGACGUGCCCAGGAAGCAGAGGCAGCUGUCCAACCACAAAUUGAGGAGUUCGACACUGCAGAUUUGGAAACGCCUCUGGCUGAUGAUCGUACGGGAAGCAUCUCGCAGGUCCCAGAGGAAGACAGCAGCCGCGACCCUGUCGGUCAAGAAACACGUGAGAUUAGCGUCGAUAAUCCGCGGUCCCUUGAGGAUGUGAUCCAAACUUCAGACGAGCUGAGCCCAAAGGAAGUUUCUCAACCACAUGUCGAUGAUAGCUUCAAGAUUACCGAGGAUGUUUCACGGGCGACAAACGUGGAUAAGAGCUCCCAGUUACAGUCGCAAUCGCACGACUUGAGCCAACCGCAGGCUAGCGAUUCGCCUGAUGAGGAAACAAAGGACACUUUGCCAUCGCAAAUCGAGCAAGUUAUGGCAGAACAAACUGAAAGCCAGGUCCAUCCAGACAGCACCCAACCAGAUGAUGCCCGGGUACCCCAAAUUCUCAUCGAAGACACGAGCUUACAACCUCACGCGCUUGCUGAUGAGAGCCGCGCUUCGGACGGGCCUCAACCUCAAUCCAGUCCACCCAGCCUACCACAAGUCGAGGAGCUUGCCACAGUUCCUGUCGAAACUCAACUAAUCAAAGACAACUCUGGCAUGCCUGAGACCCAGAUCGAGGACUCAACCGAAGCUCGACAUGACGACCCCGCUCUAGAAGUCCAAGAAGAGGUUGUCGCUCCUGGUACUCAUUCUGGAGAGACAAGCCAAGUCACCGUGCAGGAGCCUGCACUCACCUCAGAAAUAUCAGAGGAAAACGACAAGGACGUCAGUGUCAGAGAUCCAGCUGGUGAAAUUGAGCAACCUGCCGUCACUGAAUUGCCCCAAGACCCAGAGUCAGAAUGGCCAGUGGUGAGCAAGAAGUCCAAGAAAGACAAGAAAAAGAAGCGCAAGGGCACUCUUUCGGAGGGGAGCGGCCAGACCUCUGGCUCAGUAACACCAUUUGAUGCUGGCGAGCAAUCGACUGUCGUCGAAUCUCGCGGUGUGACCGAGGAAGCGCCUGUGAGCAUUGACGAUACGCCCCAAUCCGGCUCAUUCGACCAGGCUGAACAGCCUAGCGCCAGCGUCGCCUUCGAAGACAAAGCAGCCAAGGACUUGGAGAUCGAGGAGACUGCAGUAGCCCAACCUAUUGAAAGCACUACGCCAGAACAGCAAGAAACGAUUGCCAUCGGCGGGGAGUCGUUCCCGGCUCCAGCAAUUAGCGAUGACAGCACAGCCAAGGCGCCGUCAGUGGAAGAGGCUGCGGCAGCCCCGUCUUUGGAAAGUAGUCUUACAGAGCAACAAGAGACGAGCCUCCGCACUGAAGAUGUGCUUCCAGCUCCAGGGAAUAGCGAGGAAACCAUUCCUGCGAUCGUACCUGAGCCAGAGCAAGUUCCAUUUAAUGAAGAGCCUGAGUUCCGUCUCACCUCCAAGAAGUCAAAGAGAGACAAGAAAAAGAAGCGCAAGAACACGAUUUCGGAGGACAGCUCAUUACCUUCAGGCUCGGCAACGCCAAUCGCAACAGGCGAGCCGGAGCAGCAAUCCAGCCUUGCAGAGAAGUCAAACAUUUUGGGGGGUGAACAACCUGUCGAGGAACGUUCCUUGCCACUAGACGUCACCCAAGAGCCAACCCCGAUACCGUCUGCAACUGAAGAGACCUCCGCUACAGAGUUACCACGAUCAGAAACUGCACAAACUGUUGACGAUCCGUCCGUACCACACAGCGUCACUGAAGAGCCGUUAUCAAAAUCAUCCACGCUGGAAGAGGCCUCUACAAGUUGGCCGGAGCCAGAAGCUGAGCCAGAGCCAGAGCCAGUUGCGCAGGAAGAGCCCGAGUUCUUUACUAUUAAGAAGUCCAAGAAAGACAAGAAGCGCAAGAAAACUCUCUCCGGGUCUGGGACUAUCACGCCCAUGAACGAUGUUGACGAAGCAACCUUGCCUUCUGAGCCCGCGGAGAUUCAAGAGCCCACUCUUGGAAGCACCCAGCACCCAAGUUCACCACCUUUGCAACCUUCUGAGCCCGAGAGAAUCACCUCCAGUGACUUGGUAGAGGACACCCCGGUGCAUACUGAGCAUGCAGACUUGCGCUCCCCGACUCAACUGCCAGAAAUAGAGGCCUUGGGGUCCUCUUCUCCGCUCGUCUCUGAGGUCGAGAGCUCAAAAGACCACCUAGACCAAGCAAGCCAACCUGGCAGAAAGAGCGGGGGUUGGAGCUUUCUUGCGGGUGCUAUCGCCGGCGCCGGUGUGGCUGCGGCGGUGCCUGAGAAAGACGACAGAUCUUCCGAACGAGACGCACAACCAGAAGACAUCACCGCUGGGCACAUCGCUGGACAUAGUCCUACUCAAACCGUUGAGACAAGCACGCAUGCGCCUUCACCUAGUCUGCAUCUUGCAGACCUGGUCGAAAUUGCCAAGGCGUCGGAUCCGAAAGAAGAGGCGCAACCUCAAGCCACUGCCAUUGGCAAGGACCAGCCUCGCAACUUGUCUCUCGUGGCCGAGGAAACAGGUCAGUCAGAUGACAACGUUCAAGAGCCAAAGCCCAUUCAGGAAGAGACGUUGGAGCGAAUCACUACUUCUAAGGAAGAUUCCAAGGAAGAUUCCAAGGAAGACCAGGACAAGGAAUCUGCGAGCUUGGACCUAAAUUCAAAGGAAGUCGGUCUGUCUAGCACUCAAAGCCCGCUGGGAGAAGACAUCAGACAGGAGGAAGUGCCUCUCUCUAGUGAUCUUAUUCAAGAACCGCAUAAUGUUGAGGAAAGACUUCCCGAUCCACAAGAUUCGCUGCAAGAGAAGGAGGCCACAAUCUUGGAGCCUCAAUCCCCACUUGACGACUGGUGGACACCGGCCUCUUCUUCCAAGAAAAAGAAGAAGAAAGACAAGAAGAGGAAGAGCUCAAGCACUCCGUGGUCAGAGACUGCAAGUGGUGCCCCUACACCUGUCGCCGAAGAAUCAAGUGAGCCUCAGGACGUGAUUAGUGAUGCGAACAGGCGCUUGGAGGACUUGGCUGUGGAGCCAGAGCCUGAGCCAGAGCCUGAGCCAGAGUUUAAGGCAGCUGAGGACAGAAACAUUGGUUCUCUCGACAGUGAAGAAUUGCCCGUCUCUUCACAACAAAUAAAAGAGUCAGCGGACCGUCCUUCCCAGGAAUACGAUGGAUCCUCUCCAGACUUCGAUCCUGUCUCCACAGAGGACUUCGCAACUCCAGCUGAAUUGCCUUCCGCAGCGCUAGAAGACGACGCAUGGGCUACUCCAAGCGACGGUCAGCCCCUAGAACUUUUCGCAGCGAAGGACUCCAGCAAUGACAACGACCAAACUGGCGCUAGUCCUGGCCGGUCACUUGACCUCGAACCUGAGUCGUCUGCUUCGGUAUCUCAAACGCUGGCAGAACCAGCAGAUGCCCCGGCAGAGAAAAAUGUCGAGCCAGCGGCUGAAGAUUUCUGGGAACCGAUUCCCAAGAAAAUGUCCAAAAAGGAAAAACGCAAGGCUAAGAAGGGCUCUGCGUCAAUUAGUGUGCCAGAACUCACGGCACCCACUCCUGAAGGUGACAGUCCGGACAACUCGAGGGAGCAAGCACCAGUUGCACUCGAAACUUCUUCUCAGCAUAAUUCCCCGGUUCUUGUACACCGAAGCGAACCUGUGGCGCAAGAUGAUCUGGACAAGAUCGACCCGGACCACUCGCUUGACGUGCAGCACACGGCGGAAGGCCAGCCGGAUCCAAGUAGCCUGAGCCAGUUCGACGAACUGUCUUCCAGCGUACCCAUCGACAACGAGCCCUUAUCUAUCCAACCCGAAGAAGAAAGAUCCUCCCAGGCCCAGGAAAUUGAAACGGAUCAGAUGCCGAUUCUUUCUCGCAAGAUGUCAAAGAAAGAGAAGAGAAAGGCAAAGAAGGCGGCAAAUACUGCCUGGGAGGACGAUGUCGUGGAGCCAAGCCAAUCUCAAAUUCCAGUCACAGAGGAGACGCAAGUUCAAGAUCUGCCAACCACUGGCCCAAUCUUUGAGACAGAAUCAGGAUCAAAGGAGGCUUCUCAGGUCUCCCAACCUGCCGAGCCACAGCUGGCACAAGACGUUGACGAGGACACGGUUCCGUCUGCUGCAAAGGAUGCCGCGGCAGAGGACGAAUGGGGCCUUCCGAUAUCCCGUAAGAAAUCGAAGAAAGACAAGAAGAAAAAGGGAAAGCAGCUCUCUUCUGGAUCAGUUUCGGGUAGUCAGACCCCUGCAUUCGAGGAGGCCCCCGUUGCGCGUGGCGUAGAAGCUAUAGACAUCGGCGAACCCGCACCAGAGCCCUCUGACACAGCAGAUCAAACUUUACAAGAUGUCAGUGGAAUCGAGGGUCGCAAUGAUCGUGGGUUCUCAGAGGCACACACCUCUGCACCAGAGAACAGCGCAGAGGCACACGACUCAUUCGAUCAAGCUGAUGUGGACGCCAGCGCCGCUCAAGGCCGCAGUGAUCAUCGAUCUGCGGAGUUGUACGUUCCACUGCAAGGCGCCGAUGAUGAGAUGCCCACUGAGCCAAGUGGAGACUUCAGCGUGCCAUCUCUUCGCAUGGACCAUCGGUCUGCUGAGUUGUAUGUGCCUGGAGACGAACGCAACUUCGGGACAGAGAAGUCAACCACAAUCGCGGAUGACUGGGACGUUCCUAGUGAUGAUGCGUCCAAGAAUGACAACAAAGCCACCGGUUCGACCCGAGCUCUAAGCAAGCCUGCGGAAGGAGCGCGCCAGGACGAAAUAUCUAGGACAGAUGCGGAGAGUUCAAAAUUCCUCAGAUCGCCUGAUAGUCGCGGCAAGGAAUUGGAAAAGAUGCAACCCAGCCCAGACCUUUGGGAUGACGAGGACUAUUUCAAACCCAAGCCCGAACCUUUCGUGGAGCCUACUCAGGAGCCUUUCAGCAAAUUCGACAUCCACCCGGCCGUGGCACGCGGGCUCGCUGCAACCCCUGACAAGCGUAUAGGGGAAGAGCGCCCUCUAGUCGGUCUCGGACUGAUCCACCGACAUUCCUCGAUCUUCCAUGAAGACGAGGGCCACGUGCCAAAACUGCUCACGAUGACCGGUGACAACUUCUCGACAGACUCGGUAGCAGUUCAGGAGGCGGAAGCUGGCCCAUCUGGCGAAUCUUCGCAAUUAGACGCAUUGACAAGGAGCGACAGACUUCCCUCGCGUCCCGGCAGCAGCCGAUCUUACGACGAGGGCCUGACCCCGAGCCCUGGAAAGAUUCAUUGGAGGGAUAGGGAGUGGAGCUACUUCGAGACAGGUCCUGCACAAGGAACCAAUGUUCCUCUGGCCCGGAGUGUGUCCCCUGACAAAUUUAACAACCUCAGACCAGCAUCGCCCUCUCUGCCGAAAUCGCCUACUUUCCCGCCGAAGUCUCCUACUUUACUACCGAAGUCGCCUACUUUGCUGCCGAAGUCCCCUACCUUCCCGAGGUCUCCUACUUUCCCGAAGUCACCUACCUUGCCGAAGUCACCCCAAUUUCCGCCACGAGAAUCCUCUAGUUUCGAAGACAUCAGAGACAAAGACCUGGCCAAGAAGGGCAGUGUAGCCGCACUAGCCGAGAGGUUUGGAGGUUCCAGGAAAGCCACUGGUAAGACCCAAGAAGCUCCUAAACAUGUCGACGAACGUACCCACGGUGCGGACGACCUCUUCUAUCAACCUGCCAUGUGGGAAGAGGCCGAAAGCAAGCCCGUUCAAGGCUCCCGUUUGGACGUGGAUUCAGGCGAUCUAUUGGCCAGCCGUGAUACAGACCUUGAGGAAGAACAAUCAGAUCCUGACAUGCAGCAUUCAGGGCAGGGAGCAGCAGCGACCUCGCACGGUAGGGAGCCAACAACACCCGGCAGCGACAAUGUGAGUGAACCACGCUCACAGCCUGACUUAGAUGCCGGAACGUUUACGCCUCAAAUCCCAGACCCAGCAAUCCCAGAAGCGGAGAUCCCUGUGGAGUCUUUGGUCGUAGAGAGCCCGGUCCUGGGCUCCCAGCCUUCUGUCGAAUUUCCCACAGAUGAGCAGCCGCCUUCAGUGGAAUCGUCAUACAGGGGACCCGACGUUGGAAUUGGACUGCUUGAAAGCACGUUGGAUCCGACUUUGAGUGAAUCCUUAGAUCAGCCGCAAAGUCCAUCUACGCCUCGGUCCAAAAGUCCUGUUCCAGAAGAGACAAGCAGCUUCGAAGAAGUGAGACCGACUAUCGAAACAAGAGGCGAUGAUGUGCCAACGGCCGGACCCUCAGUCGUUGAUUUCAGCCGCUCAUUGCCAAGGGCCCUCCCCUCGGUGCAAGAAGAGCCGCAUGAGGAAGAAGCAGAGUUGGGGGAACACGGGGCCCUUUCUAGAGCCCGAGCCAUGACUCCAGACAUCAACCGAGAUAGCGGCGUUGUGACAGGCUCGCCUGUUCCACCACGUGUGCAUCAGUUCGAGAGCGCCCAGCAGCAACGAGACAGUGGUGUACACAUGCGAGACCCGAGCGGAGUGUCGCCAAGACUCCUAGGCACACGUGGAUUCAGUCCGCAGCCUGGGCGCUUGUCACAUUCCAGUAUCGAGGAUGAGGGUGCUAAUCUCGAUGACAAGUCGUCUAAGCGAUCAUCGACUGCGGAAAGCGAGACACAACGACGGUUCAGGGAGGCAACUCCAGUUCUGGAGGCUCAAGAUCCACCCGUCACACCUGAACCGCGCAAGAACAGAUCCAAGCCGCGCAAGUACCCAGAUCUCGGCCCAAGCCCAGGGAAAGCGGCGGCUGCUGCUGCUCUCACAGGCGGAGGAGCGUUACUUGCAGCAGGAUCAAGAGCAACAAGAUCUCGGUCCCCAUCCCCAUCUCCAUCGCCGGCAGCCAGCCUAAGGAGUGUUUCCGACAUGACUGACGAGCUGCGGUCAUCGGCAAUGCCCAGGCAGAGACGAGCAGCGUCGUCUAACACUGGCAUCUCACGUACAAGAACGCCUGAGCCACUCAAUCUCCGGGCCGAGAGCCCGUCGAUGCUGCGGCACUCUGGCACACCGCCGCUUCGGUCCCGACGAACCAGGAGUGGAGACCUGCGAUCGCUCAGCCAAUUAAGCAACAGGUCGCAUAGCGACCUUGGCGCCCAAGCUAGUAGCUCCCCAGCCUCCGCAGCAAACAAUGCCCCUGCUGCUCUCGCUCACCUGUCGACAACACCGACCCCAGCCUCGAGCGACCUGCGGAGAGCGACAACUCCUGCGGUUGUUGCCCAAGGAACCAACAACGCCCCCACCGCCAAUGAAGGCCGUGUCCGCACCAAGGACAUGGCCGAUGUCUACGACGGCUUCGGCGAGGGCCGUUUAGGCUCACCCCGCUCACCCACUCGACCGCACAGCAUGCGUCGCCGUCAGAGCAUGCAGGUUCUCGAGCUCGAGUCUAGAGUAGAGCAACUCAUCGCCGAGAACCGUGCACUGCAAGAUGCAAGGGCUCAAGCAGAGGCCCAUACCACCAACCGGGCCACCAGCACGCUUGCCGAGCGCGACACUGAGAUCGAAGCCCUCAAGCAAUCCCUCGACUUCAUGCGCAAGGAAGUCCAACGACUGACAGAAGUCAAUGAGGGCCUCAACAGCGCUAUCCAGCAACACGCUGUUCAGCACGAUGAUAGAUACCGCCUUCUCGAGACCCAGCAUGCUGAGGUCACCAGGGAGCUGUUUGAGCACCGGGAUCGCCAUGGCUCCCACGCCCAGACAAUACAAGAGAAAGACGCAGAGAUCAAGAGCCUGCGUGAGCAGCUCGAAGCCACAAAGGAACAGAUUCGUGAGAUGCAAAAGCAGAUACUCGCUACGAAACCAGUCGACAGCGAUUUCCUGCGCAUCAAGGACGUCGAUUACUUCGACCACCGCUGUCAGCAACUCUGUUCCCACGUACAGCAAUGGGUGCUGCGCUUCUCCAAGUUCUCGGACAUGCGCGCCUGUCGCUUGACCAGUGAGUUGAAUGACGAAAAGAUCAUUGACCGCUUGGACAAUGCUGUCCUCGACGGGUCCAAUGUCGACCACUACCUCAACGACCGAGUCAGACGUCGCGACGUCUUCAUGUCGGUGACCAUGACCAUGAUCUGGGAGUUUGUCUUCACCCGCUACCUGUUCGGCAUGGACCGCGAACAGCGACAAAAACUGAAGAACCUAGAGAAGCUGCUCCUAGAAGUUGGCCCCCCACAGGCAGUGCGCCAAUGGCGCGCUGUGACCCUGACACUGCUGUCAAAGAGGGAGCCCUUCAAGGACCAGCGCGACCAGGACACCGAGGCCGUGGUCCAAGCCGUCUUCCAGACCCUGUCCAUGAUCCUCCCGCCUCCGUCCAACCUGGAGGAUCAGAUCCAGGGCCAGCUGCGCAAGGUCAUGCGCGAGGCGGUCGACCUCAGCGUCGAGAUGCGCACCCAGCGCGCAGAGUACAUGAUGCUGCCGCCACUGCAGCCCGACUACGACGCCAAUGGCGAUCUGGCCGAGCCACACCCCUUCAACUCAGCCCUGAUGAACGAGCGCUCGAGUGACAAGAACGCCGUCGCCGACAACGACGCGCUCGAGGCCCAAGGCGCGGUCGUACGCGUCGUGCUGUUCCCGCUCGUCGUCAAGAAGGGCGACGAUGACGGCGUGGGCGACGAUGAGAUUGUCGUCUGUCCUGCGCAAGUCAUCGUCGCGAGGCCUAGGAGCAAGAGUCGGCAGUCGUACAGAGCGCCGUCGUCGGAUGCGGGCGGCGUAAGUUUAUUGAGGGGAGGAAGCCCCAGCACGGCUCCGAACAGGAGCAAUGUGAGCAUGGCGGAUGCUCCUGGCAUGGCGCCCGGUAUGGAAGGUGCCAUCUGA